AUUUCAUUAAGUGUUUUGAAGCGCGCUGACCUAGGCCUGAAUCAGUAAUUAGGGCAGCGGACUGGCAGCAAGUUCAUAUCGUGCGAAAAUCUGCUCAUCCCUCAUACUUCGAUUUAAGCGGGAAAGCUUCGAAGCAUGGCUGUGAAAACGUUUUCCGUUUGGGACUAUGUCAUCUUUGGUUUGAUGCUGGCUGUUUCUGCAGCAAUUGGUAUAUACUUUGGAUGUACCGGCGGCAAACAAAGAGGAACUCAGGAAUUCUUUCUUGCCAACCGAAACAUGCAGGUUCUACCUGUGGCAAUGUCUCUUCUUGCCAGUUUUAUGUCUGCCAUAACGCUACUUGGAACCCCAUCCGAGGUCUACGUUUAUGGGACGCAGUAUUGGUUGAUUGGGGUCUCCUAUUUCCUGGUCAUUCCCUUCUCCUCUUACCUCCUACAUCCAAUAUUCUACAGGCUGAGACUGACAAGUGUUUACGAGUACCUGGAGAUGAGGUUCCACCGGAGUCUGCGGGUCUUUGGGGCCUUGACCUUCAUACUUCAAAUGACCCUCUACAUGGCCAUUGUCCUUUAUGCUCCAUCACUUGCCCUGAACCAAGUGACUGGCUUGAAUAUUUGGAUAUCUGUUUUUUCCGUUGGUCUUGUCUGUACAUUUUACACGACACUAGGUGGUAUAAAGGCUGUGAUGUGGACGGAUACCUUCCAGAUAUGCUUGAUGUUUGCUGGCCUGUUAGCAGUCCUCAUCCAGGGAUCAAUACAAAUGGGCGGCUUCUCCAAUAUCUGGCAGAAAAACUAUGAGGGAGGUCGCAUUGAAUUUUUCAACUUUGAGGUUGAUCCCACCGUAAGACACACGUGGUGGUCAUUGGUGAUUGGGGGCUUCUUCACUUGGACGACCAUCUAUGGGGUAAACCAGGCCCAGGUCCAGCGGGUAUUGACACUACCAACGGAAAAGAACUUAGCUAGUGCCCUUUGGAUCAAUCUUCCCGGACUGUUUGGUCUCCUGACCCUGACAGCUAUGUGUGGCAUGGUCAUAUAUGCCAUGUAUGGCGAUUGUGACCCGAAGACAAUGGGAGACAUCAUGGCUUCUGAUCAGCUGCUGCCCCUAUUUGUAAUGGACAAUCUCAGCUUCAUUCCUGGUCUCCCUGGACUGUUUAUGUCAUGUAUCUUCAGUGGAUCUCUAAGCACAAUUUCAUCAGGUCUGAACUCCUUGGCGGCAGUUACUCUUCAGGACGUUGUCAGCGUGCUUUGCUGCAAGAACUUGACUGACAAAAGAGCAACUCUCAUCUCUAAAAUAUUAGCUGUGGUGUAUGGACUUGUCUGCAUUGCCUUGACGUUUGUAGCCUCUCAGCUCGGUGGUGUCUUGCAGGCUGCACUGGGUCUAUUUGGUUUCAUUGGCGGACCGACAUUUGGCCUCUUUCUGCUUGGCAUGCUCUUCCCGUGUGCAAACUGGAAGGGCGGCUUCGUUGGUAUCAUCUGCGGCCUCUGCAUCACAAUGUGGAUAGGCAUCGGCGCUCAGUUUCACAAACCGAUCAUACCAACACCUGCAAUCUCCAUCGAUGGGUGCAACAGCACCGUGCUGAAUGCGACUAUGUAUAAUGAAAUCAUGACGUCAAUAAAUGCUACCGCGUUGCUCGAGAGGACCACAGAUGUAUAUAGUAUAUCGUAUAUGUGGUAUGCAACCAUUGCUGUUAUAUCAACAGUCAGUAUAGGACUUCUCGUCAGCCUUAUCACAGGCUGCACCAAACCAGGCACUGUUGACCCCGCCUUGAUCUCGCCAAUAUUUGAUGUGUGUUGUUGUUAUUUACCAAAGAGUUGGAGGAGGAAAUUGAACUGUGGAGUUGACCAUUCCAAGGAAAGUGCUCUGUUUAAAGAAAGAAAUUCACACGAAUUGGAAGUGAAACAUGAUGAUGGAGGAAAGAAUGUCACUACUGACAUGGCUGACGUUGAUUACCUCAAGCCAAACAUGGAUGGUAAUAAAAACAAAACAGAUGACGCUGCCAAUGCAGAAAGGGGUGAACUGCCACCAUCUUAUUCGACUGCAAUAAUGGAGAACACUUCCAAACAGUCCGAUGUAGUGGCAGUUGAGUCGGACGGUACUUAUCUGUAGAUCGUAUGCAUUAUGACCAGAGUUGUCCUAUCCAGGGAUCCAUGAACAUCCGUACCUGUACAAGUCGGCAUGGCGGAAUACCCCAUUAUCUGGAAUUGGGAUGGGGUCAUUUGCGAAAUGGAAUAUCAGACCCAGAUACCCAUCUUGGUAACUUUGGUGAUAUUUUUUUUGUUUAACCUUUUAUAUCAUAUUUGUGAAUAUGUUAUAUAGAUUUGUAGAGAAAUUUAUUAAUAAGCUACUCAUAUUUUGGUAAAAUAUUAUUUUGAAUGCAAUAUAAAUUUGAUUAUAUAUUAGCAUGUAUACGCAGUAUAUAAUUUCUAGUUGAUAAUAUACUGUCUUCUGAGCAUUAUUUUUGUAUAUGCAGUUUAGAUUUUACGGUUUAGGGAGUCAUUAUUUGUAUAUAUUGACAAAGACAAUAUUCCCUCUAUAUAUGGAGUGGGGACAGGAUUAAAGAGAACUUGAUGCCGUGAACUGUGAAAUGUCUGCACAGCGAAAGGUUUUCAAAUCUGCCGUUUUUCAAUAAUGUGUUUGCUGUUGAAAUUUACAGUGAGAAAUUUUCAUGAGCUUUAAAUCUGUGUUGACAGUGCUAAGUUCACAGUAUGUGUAAGCCCUGAUAUGACUAGUAAGAACCAAUAUGCAAAAACCAAUAUGUUCAGAACAAAAUAUUUUAUUUGGAUAAGUAGAAUUAUAUUUCUAACACAAAUAAAGAGUAAUAUUUUCGACAAA